AUGAUUUCUCCAGGAUCCAGUCGGGGAGGCAGUUCAGAAAAACAAGUGCUCGCGAGCCGCUAUUCAGAAGGACCGCGGUCCCGCGCGCUGAUCCCUCACAGACACAGACGUUACUCGGGCGGAUUCGAAGCAACCCUGGGCCCGCGCGCUGAUCCACCGAGAAGAUCACGACGACGGCAAAGCGCCGCCGCACAGGUAUACGACGCUCACCCGAAGUUACAAUAA